UGUGUGUGAUGCAUUAACGCCGCGCUACAGUCACUACAUGCGAAUUAUGAUCGGUCCCAAACUUUCAGACACUCAUCGAUUAUUGGCUAUUUACAGUAUCUCGGCUACUUUCUAGACGAUGAAUUUCUUCCGCAACCGUCUGGUGGUUUUGGGGCUGGUGUUGCUGGCCACAGUGCUGCUGUAUCUGCUGCUGCCCUCCAUGCGGCAGGGGAGCAUGGAGCCGUCUCUGGAGGUGCAGCAGAGGAUGGGGAUGAUCGCCGCCUCUCCUCCGCCUCCGCCGCCGCCGAACAGCGUCAACAUCACGGUCAGGACCGGACAGCUGCCCGGGGACCCGCCGCUCUUCUUCAGGGAGGCUCUGCCUGUGGACAGCGCUGGGCGACAGAUCGUGCCCAGGCUGCAGUUGGUGCUUCUCCAUGGUCAGGCCUUCACCUCUAAAACUUGGGAGGAGUUGGGCACCCUCAGCCUGCUGGCUUCCAAUGGAUACCAAGCCCUCGCUCUCGAUCUGCCCGGUUUUGGGAAUUCUCCGGACUCAGAGUCGGUUAAGUCGGAUCAGAGUCGCGUGGACCUGCUGAAACGUUUUCUGGAGUCUCUGGGGGUGCGAGCACCAGUGUUACUGAGCCCGUCUAUGAGCGGUCAUUACGCCCUGCCGUUCCUCCAGAAACACAGUGCCCAGCUACACGGCUUUGUUCCCAUCGCCCCCGUGGGCACACGUGGCAUCACCCCACAGCAGUACCGCGACAUCCAGACUCCUACUCUGGUCAUAUAUGGAGAGUUAGAUACCAAUCUGGGCGCCCAAUCCCAUAAGAACCUGAUUCAGCUGCCUCAUCACACCGUGGUGAAGUUGGCAGGAGCGCGACAUGCCUGUUACAUGGACAAACCCCGCGAGUUCCACCGCGCUCUGCUCGACUUCCUCAGCAAACUCGAAUGAGGGACGGAGAGAGUGAGAACGGAUCAAACAAAUAUGUGAAAAAGACUUUAGGAGAGACUGAGUGAAGAAAAGACAAGAAAAUGAUGAUCAGGACUGCAGUGUAGCUGUAAAACCAGUCCUGAAACAUCACAAACACCUGAACGUUCUGUCGGCCAUCCACAUCUGCUCACUCCUUAUAAUUCCCCUGCGUGCUCCAUCAAGAGAUGAGGUGUAACGCUUCUUUUGUAAACAUCCUUUCAUCAGUUUUGACACUGUUGCAUGUAAUGGCCCGUUACAUUGUUACAUUUUCCAGCCUGAGGGUUGUUCUGUAAUGCUGUUGCCAGGGAUGUUCCUGUAACACAGUUAGUUGCCAUGGUUUCCAGUCUAAGGGAUGUUCUGUAACGCUGUUGCCAUGGUUUCUGGUCUGACAGAUGUUCCUGUAACAUAGUUGCCAUGGUUUCUUUUCUAAAAGAGUUCUGUAACUCUGUUGCCAGGAAUGUUCAUUUUACUCAGUUUCCAUGGUUUUCAAUCUGAGAGCUAUUCCAUAAAGCUGUUGCCAUGGUUUCUGAUUUGACAGAUUUUCCUGUAACAUAGUUGCCAUGGUUUCCAGCCUGAGAGUUAUUCUGUAACGUUGUUGCUGUGGUUUCCAGUCUGAAACACAUUGCUGUAAUUCAGCUGCCAUGGCUUUCUUUCUGAGGGAUGUUCCUGUAACACAGUUGCCAUGGUUUCCAGUCUGACAGUUGUACCUAUAACACAGUUGCCAUGGUUUCUUAUCUUUGGGUUGUUCCAGAGAAAUGCUUGCCAUGGUUUCCAACCUGUGAAAUGUUCCUGUAUCUAAAUUUCCAUGGCUUUCUUUCUGAGGGAUGUACAUGUAACACAGUUGCCAUGGUUUCCAGACUGACAUUUGUACCUAUAACACCGUUGCCAUUGUUUCUAAUUUGACAGUUGUACCUACAACACAGUUGCCAUGGUUUCCAGACUGACAGUUGUACCUAUAACACAGUUGCCAUGGUUUCCAGACUGACAGUUGUACCUACAACACAGAUGCCAUGGUUUCCAGACUGACAGUUGUACCUACAACACAGUUGCUAUGGUUUCUAAUUUGACAGUUGUACCUACAACACAGUUGCCAUGGUUUCCAGACUGACAGUUGUACCUAUAACACAGUUGCCAUUGUUUCCAGACUGACAGUUGUACCUACAACACAGUUGCCAUGGUUUCCAGACUGACAGUUGUACCUACAACACAGUUGCCAUGGUUACUAGUCUGACAUUUGCUUUCAGUAACAUUGUUGCCAUGGUUUCCAUUCUGAGGAUUGUUCUUGUAAAACACAGGUGCCAUGUUUUUGGUCUUUGGCUCUUCUUAUUAUACAAAAUUCAUGGUUUACUUUCCUGUAUGAUGGUUGUUUUUAUAAUACAAUUAUCAUGGUUUUCUGUAACAAAAAGAGUUUCAUGAUGGCAAAAAUUAGCGUCAUGGCUGUCAUGACCCUUGGAAACAUUUGAUAUGUAACUGAAUUCAUCAAUACUACAAGAACAUCUCAGAGAAGAAAACAGCAUUUUCUAUUUUUUUUGGCACAUAUUGGUUUGUCUUAUUGGCAUGUUAAUUAAUGCAGUGUGUUCACACCAGCAGCUGGCACAUAUAUACAUACAUAAUGUAGCACGGCAUUGUGUGAAUGACUCAACACAUGAUUUUAGAAGUGCAAAACGAGUGAAGAUUUUCAGUAUUGGAUGCCUGUAAAUUCCGUUUUACAUUAUCAGUAGUUGUCAGACUCAUACUAGCAGUAGAUUAUUUCUUGCAGUAAAUAGAAAAUUUCCUGAGACUGUAGAGAAAAAAAAGUGUUCAUUACAUUACAACACCUAAAAAUGUAGGUGUUCAUUACAUAUUUAUUAUUGAUUUCUUAAAGCUUCUACAGGACAGAAACUGUAAUGUGUGUGGUAUUUAUGUGCUGUGGUCUGUUGUUUUGUUUGUUUAUAGCUUGUAAAUGUGAAUAUGUUUUAGAGGACUGGGAGGCACCUCUGCCCUGUAAAUAUUUCCAACAUCAGGAAUCUUCAACCUGAAGGGAUCUGUCAUUGGGACUGAAUUCAGAUUCUUGUGUGCAUGGUACUGCAGUGACAUGAAACAUUCUUUUGUUCAAUGCAAAAUAAACUUCAUCAACAUUA